UCUGGUGAAUAUGGUCUUGAUCUUUCACGGGAUUGAUGAAAGGGCAGCAUGAUGGUGCUACCUCUUGGUUCAUGGGUCAUCAACCUUGACGAUUCACGGAGCAAGAACUACCUCCCAGUGGUUCAUCAGGACUUUUUUUUAUAGACAGCCUAUAGAGCUAUCUAGAAAAAGAAGAGGCCCCCCCGCCCCCACCCCUUCCCACUGUUACUUCCCUGGCCAGGCUGCUCCUCCUGCUCCGCAGCAGCUUACACUGAAACAGAAGCUAGGCUGCUGGAACUGUGGUUUCAAUUCCAGCAGCCUAGCCUUUUCUAGGAGCACUGGGGAAGACUGACUGAGGCCAUUUCUCCUCCUGUGAGACAGAGGGAUGGGGACCGCUUCAGUCAGGUUUCCUCCAUCUUUCUAUUUCUUGGAGUGCAUAGAAAUAGAAGAGAAGUGGGACCAAAGCAAUCCCUCAUCCUGUUUUCUUAGCAAAGGCAGCAGGGUGGGGGAUCGCUUGGAAAGGCUUCCCCUUUCUAUCUCUGCCUGGCAAGGCACAGAAAGACAAGGGAAGUAGGACUCAAGCAACCAACCCACUGUCUUUGCAAAGGGUGGGGAUCGCUCCUCUCAGGCUUUGGUGAGCAUAGAAAGGCAAAGGAAGAGGGACAUUGAAACACAAACUAGGGGUCAUCAGGACGCUAAACCACAGAGCAAGAAACAUCCCCACCUCCACAGAAGCCAAGAAGAAGGAACAUAGAAAUCCGAAGACAGCCCUUAAAAUGGGCCUUUAACAAAGAUAAUGUCCCAACCCAGCAGGACAAUGGAACAGUCUGAGACCAAGAGCCAGCAGAAGAACCAGGUCAUUCCUUACAUGACGAAUGUGUCUGAAAAGAUCAAAAGGAUUUUUGGUAAACAUCACAUAUCUGUUCACUUCAAACCCACGAAUACCCUAAGGCAGAGACUCGUCCACCCAAAAGAUCGGACACCAAAACACAACAGGAGCAAUAAAGUAUAUGUGGUUCAAUGCAAAGAGGAGUGUUGAGAGCUCUACGUUGGAGAAACCAAACGGCCCCUAAACAGGAGAAUGGCCCAGCACAGGAGGGGCAAUGGCUCAGGACCACAAUCAGCAGUGUUCCUUCAUUUGAAGGAAAAAUGAGACUCAUGUGAUGAGCAUGAUGUAUUCAUUUUGGACCCAGAAGAUGGGCGGUUUGAGAGAGGGGCCAGGGAGACCAUACAUGUGCCUAUAGAAAAUCCCUCACUCUACAAGGGUGGAGGCUUUAGACACCUGCCUCCCAUUUAUCAUGCUGCCCUUUCAUCCAUCCCCACAAAGAUCAGGACCACACCCACCAGAAAGACCACUCUUAACGACCAUUAACGACCUAUGACAAUAGGUGGAGAAGGACUGCAGAGGUAGGAUUUUCACUCACACACCCCCCGUCCAUUGUCCAUCUAACAAGCCUAUUCAGACAUGGGGAAGUGAAAUUAACAGGGAGGGUAUAUCAGGAACCUCCUACCAACUCUCCUCAGACUGAAGAAGCUACUUGGAUGAGAAGCAAAAUGUUUCAACUUAAUAAGGGAGAAGUUCAGCUGACAUGACUCAACAUUCAAAUAGCAAAGGAUGUUUUUGUUAAGAGGUACAACUGGUUGGAGCAGAAACAGAGAUAUUCAAGAGGUAUUCUGCCUAGUUUUUGAGGUUCCAGAUACCAUGAACUCCAAGAUCACAAUUAAGGAACCCUCUAUUUGAGAAGUCGCCUGUUUUGAACUACUGUGGAUUUCAUGUGCUUCUCAUUUCCUCUUCUUUUGCAAUUUUUAACUGUGGUUGGCCAAGCAAUGUUAGGGCAACAUUUCUGGUCGAUGGGACUUCCAGAUCACAGAGGGGGAAACUGUAUUCUGGAGGACGGCUGCAUCAAGAAUGUUCCUCAAUUUCAGGACCUGGUCCACUCGGUGGAGAUCUUUCAGAGGACAUAGCAGAGCCAGAAGCAAACCGAACACUGUCAGCUAAAGAAUCCUCACCAUGAGGCUCCCUUUCAUCAUCCUCUUUCUUGGUUGGCUGGCCAAGCAGUGGACAUUAUCUAGAGGGCAGUAUCCCAAGCCUUCCAUCUCCAUGAUCCCCAGUCAUGAAAUCUUCCUUGGAGAACAAUUGUCUAUCUACUGUGACAGUCCAUAUCCAAACUCACAACAAACUUUCCAACUAUGGCACGAAGAGAAUCAGCAACGUUGGAUUAUGAAUGCAAUUGCAGUGAAUAGAGGCAUAUUUACCAUUCCGAGUGCCCAAGAAGCACAUGCGGGGAAGUACAGUUGUCAGUAUUGCUUUAGCUCAAGAAGAUGCUCACCUUGGAGUGACCACAUUUCUAUAACCAUAACAGAACUGGUUUAUCAGAAGCCUUCCAUCUCUGUGAGCCCUAGUGAGGUGGUCACUCUAGGAGAAAGAGUCACAAUCUACUGUAAGAGUGAAGGGCUCCAAAAUGCAGAGUUCACGCUCCAAAAACGGACAUAUUUCAAUACCUAUGGGACCAUGAUGAUAAAAAUGGGUGAGAUCCAGUUUCCCAUUGUUACAGUUGACUCUUCAGGUGCAGGCAUCUACUGGUGUAGAUACUGCCUCAAAUCAGAGUCAGCCUUCUAUCAAAGAUGCUCAAACUACAGUGACAGAGUGUCUAUCAAUUUAACAGGUUACUGGACCAGCAAACCUUUCAUCCAAAUGAUGCCAAGUGAGGAGAUUUCUCCAGAUUCAAAUGUCACCAUUGAGUGUCAGGGACCACGGAAUGAUCUGACCUUCGUCUUGCUCAAAUCAAACAAAGCGACAGUAUCAAAGAAAACAGGAUUAGGCAAAAAUUCUACCAAGUUCCAUAUAUCCAGGGUGACAUCAGAAGAUGAAGGAAAUUACACCUGCCACUAUUCCAUAACAAAUGAAUUUAUCUGGUCAGUGCCAAGUGACCCUGUGGAGCUGCUUUUGACAGAUAAAUCUACAAUACCCAUAGCCAUAUGGGCAAGUAUCGCCGCAGGCCUUCUCUUGCUGGUUCUCCUUCUGUUUUUAAUUGCCUUUGCAUUACACAGAAAAAGAAAAAAGAGUUCCACUUUCAUGAAAAAUGCCCAGCCAAUGAACACGGUAACAGACUUUCCUCCCCUAGAACCUGAUACUAAAACAGAACCUGAUGAAGUGUCCUAUGCUGUAUUGAACCACAAUUCUCUGAGGACCAGACAGGUGGUGGAUACUGACAACGUCUCUGAAUCCUGUACUUAUGCAUCAGUGGCUCAGAACUAAAGUGAGAAGAACCAAUAGACAGUAACAAGGACCUCUAAGGCUAAGGUAAGCCUACUUUGGCUUACUCUUAGAUGGUAUGAAUGAACAUUCUAAUACUGGGUUCUAAGGCAUAGACUCCAAGCAUCACCAAGCAAGACAACAUCACACAGCAGCCUCAGUGGCAAACAAGAAAAGCAUGUGCCUCCUUAGCAAGGCGUUGGCAGUAAAGUUUCAUCUCUGGUUCAACCCAGACGAUCCUUCUGCCAUUACUGAGCUGAACGGUAAACAGAUAAUAAGGGAACAAUUUAAACUUGCUCAUGGACCAUGACAUACUUCCUUCCUGGUGCUUACUGACUGACUACACCCACCCUAUUUUUAUAUCAGAUCAUGAAAUAAAAAUAAGCUCUUGUCAUGGGACAGCAAACCGCCCUUUACAGCCCACAUCUAUGAAGUCUUCUUGCAACAUUAAACUAAUGACUGUGCUCACUCAAAAGGAGGACUUGCAUUAUCCAAAAAGAGGACAAAAGAGGAUCCUGAUUUGCCUCAAACUGUUUAUUUGUGCAAAUGCAAGAUUAGAAAUCAUUUUCAUAAUUUGACCACAGUUGCAACGCAUCUCAGGAUGUGGUCCCAUUACCAAAGAAAAAUGAGAUUUGAAUCAGGUUCAGCUUGUUAUAAGACAGUGUUUUAAAAGGUCACAUACUAAAGUGCAGAACCAGAGUGGGAAGAUUCCCCACCCCAGGACCUAUGUUUCUGUGAGCAACUGUUUUUGUUUUUUAACUCCCCACCAGAGGGCUGUUUAUUUUGACUCGGAUGCAAGACUGCUGUACAGUAAUAUAUUUCUGUUUCCCCAAUGUGAA